AUGUCUGCUGAUUGGGACGAAGUAAAACGUUUAGCAGCUGAUUUUCAGCGUGCGCAAUUAAGUUCCACGGUUCAGAGAUUAUCAGAAAGGAACUGCAUAGAAAUUGUAAAGAAACUUAUUGAAUUGAAAUUGAUUGAUGUUAUUUUCACCAAUGAUGGAAAGGAAUAUCUGACUCCAAAUCGACUAUUAAAGGAGAUAAAAGAUGAGCUAUUUGUAAAUGGAGGUCGAAUUAACUUGGUCGAUCUUGCACAAAUCAUUGGAGUUGAUUUUAAUCAUGUUGAAGCAAAAGCUGCUGAAGUUGUGCAAACUGAGGAAGGUGUCCGCCUUGUUUUGGGUCAGCUUAUUACCAGUGAUUACUUGGAUCAUAUUGCCGAAGAGAUAAAUGAAAAAUUACAUCAGGCUGGAGAAAUUACCAUUGCUGAACUAACCAAAAUUUAUGAUCUACCUGGUAAUUUCUUAGAAGAGGUUGUGCAUAAUCGACUCGGAACUAUCAUCCUGGGUCAAGUGGAUAGUAAUGAUUCACGAACAUUUUUUACAGACUCUUUUCUUGCUCAACAUACUGCCAGAAUUAGAGGUGCAUUAUCUGCUUUGACAAGACCUAUUCCAACAGCUAGCAUAAUUAGCCAUUUCAAGUUUCCAGAAAAGCUGUUUUAUCAUGUUGCUGAGGAUUUAAUAAAAGAAGGCAGAUUGGCUGCUAGUAUAUCAGGAGGAAGAUCUGAAAGGUCCAUCUUUCUUCCGGAUGUUUAUGCCAAGUCCCAAAAUGAAUGGGUUGAUUCUUUCUAUAAUCAAAAUGGAUACCUAGAAUAUGAUGCUUUAACUAGACUAGGCAUUCAAGAUCCGAAAGCAUACAUCCGCAAAAAGUUUAAGGAUGAAUCAUUAACCUAUCUUAACUCAUGUUGCAUUGGGAGUAGUAUUUUCGGUCAAGUGGAAGCGACUAUUGAAGAAGUUCUUAACGGUGGAAAUUGGGUGGACAUAAUGCCCAUUUUGCCAUCUGUAUUCUCAACUGAAGAUUGUCGAGGGAUCAUAAAUGCAGUGACUAAAUCUCUGACAAAGCAAAGCUCGCUAAUUCAUAUAUAUUGUGAUACAAUUGUUAUAAGUGAUGAUUUUUUGAAGUCGUGCCAGUCUGCUUUUGCUCCACUAAUGACCAGCAAAGCACAAGAAGACAUAAAAAAGCCACAGUUGUUUGCAGCAGCUCAGUCAUCAAAAACUGUUAAUAAAAAAGAAUCAUUAUCUAAAGGGAAACAAGAUCGCAAGGAAGAAAAAAAGAAAAGAGUUUCUGCAGGAAAAUCAGGUGGAGGUUUUAGUUCUCAAGGUCGUGAAACUAAAACCAAAGCUGUGAAGAAAAAAUAUUUUACUUCUAAAGAUGUUGAGGAUUCUGGUUCCGAUGAUGAUACUAGCUCAUCACAUAAAGAAUUCAGAAAUGAAUUGGAGUUUAUAACAGUUGAAGGCAUUGAAAAUCAUUUGAAGAAAUUGGAGCUUUGUCAAGACUGCCCAGAGGAACUGAUUUCAGAGUUAUCUUAUGAACUGCAUAGGCCUCUCACUAAAAAGUAUCAAGAAGUUGCUGAAGCAAUGUACCUAUCAACAGUUGCAUCAUCUGGAAAUGUACGACGUAAACAGCAUGCUGAUUGUCAGGAAAAAUUUAGUUCCCUCUUAAACCAUAUUUCUAUGUUUGAAAAAGGAACUAAAAUAUUUUCUGAUGACAUAACUGUCCAACUUUGUAAGCAUUUGCUGAAAUCAUUAUGUACAGAUUUAUGCAAUAUGAUUAUUAUAUAUCUUGCUCAAGAACAUGGUUUGUCUACUGGGUCAGAAGAUGAGUCUUCAUUAUCUGCUGAACAAAGGCAAAAAAUGAUCAAUAAAUUUUCUGAUGAUAUCAAAUGUGAACUUGUAAAGUUAAACACCUCUUUAAGUGCAAAGAAUUUGGAUGAUUUUCUUUCAAGCGUGCACAUAGUUUUAGGAGCUGGAAUGUGUGAUAUGGUUAUUAAGAAGCUUGAUAAGAAAAAGGAGAGGCUCAUUAUAUCCAAUCACAAGCAGUCUUUACUGCAGCAGCUAAAUGAGAGUUCUGACCCAGCAUUAUGUCUACACCUGGCAGUCCUCCUUAUAUUUCAGUCUCACACCCACACCAUGCUGCAUGCAUCCGGGAAAUUUGUGCCACAUAUUAUUGCAUAUUUACAAAAACAAGUGCCUUUAGAUACGUACCAAAUGCUAGCUACUUAUCAAGAAAUGGUAAUUAAGAAAAUUACUUCCGGUGAAGAAGGCAGUAAUGAAAUGGAAUCAGCUUUACAUGAAACUAUGCCAAAAAUUAAAGAAUGUGCUGUGUUAUAUAAAAAAUCUUCAAUAUCUGAAACUGAAAACUAAGUUUUCUUCUUUUUAUAAUAUAUUUUAUUUUGUAGCUGAUAUAAAUAUAUUUGUUUUCAAAAAGUUGCCAUUUAUUAUCUUUAUAAUACAGUAAAGGGGUUGUCCAUAGAUGAUGUCAAGUUACUUCUCAUAAACAUAUUCUUAUAAAAGGAAAGAUGUGGGAUGUACCCUCCUUCCCCCUUAUCACAAACUCGCAAUUCAGGAACCUCCCCUUUGUUUGACAUCAUUUGUGGACAGCCUCAAAGGUACAAAAUAUUAGUAUAUCACCAAUUACUACCAAGACGGGGAAAAAAAUGAUUAUAAAAUACAGUAAAGCCCUUCUUAGUGGACGUCCC